UCAUGUGCAAAGCAAGCAUGGAACUAUGACUGGUGUGGGUUGGUGUUGGAGAAGCUUCUGGACAGUGGCUGCAAAUUUGGUAAGAAGUUCUAUGCUGAUGGAUAUGCGAAAAGAUAUGGAGGAUGCAGUAUUUUCCUAGCAAGACCCAGUGGCAUGGGGAAAUUGGCCGAGAUUAAAAGUGUGGACAAAGGAGGAGAUUUUGGAAGCUGGGGAGGAAGAUGAGGCUCUAAAGGGAGAUUUCGGCAAUGUAGGGAUGUAGCCUAUGGUGAAAAGCAUCCUCGGGAGUCUAGGGAUACGGAUGGCCUAACUUCAUUUGCUGAGGAGGUUAAUUUAUUUUCCUUCAUAUAUGACACAUAUAUAGGUUGGAAGUGUAGUAGGUUGGUUGGUAUGACUUUGUUUGUAUGUGCAGGGGUUAGGACCAUGUAUCCAAUCCCAACAGUCACAACUCACAGGAACAGGAAUGUAGUUAUGUCGGUUACAGUAGAAUGAAGGGGAUAUCAGAAAUGAAUCAUGUGCUGUGCAAAUUGGAAAAGUCUAAAAGAGAAGGAAGAAAAGAAAGGCUCCAAGCUUGUGUGUCUAACAAAUUAGCUCAGACUACCGAGGUUCCCGUUGUUUCCAUGGUUGUGAAACCAGGUGGAAAUUCGAAGGAGGAUGAUGCAUCAGAGGAGGUGUCAGUGUCACAGCUUCAGAAAGGUCCUGCUGCAUCAUUGAUUAAUGAUGGUGGGCAGAAAGCAUGCUGUGCAAAAAUAUUGUUCGAUGCUGAUGAGAGGCCUGUUGAGGGGGAAAAGAAAAAUGAGAAAGAUGGGAAUAGAAAUGGUAGAAACACACCAUUGGCUAAUAAAAUUCCAUUUCAAGAUCCAAAUGAAGUGACAGAUGAUGCAGCAUCACAUGAUUUAGAUGGGAGUACAGAGCAUACUAUCAAGAAAGCUCCUGCGUAUUUAGCUUCAUUGGGGAAUGGUUCACUUGAUAAUCCUGUGAUUACCGAUGAUGAAAAGACAGUUGUAAAGGAAAAUUGCAAAUUUGACCCUUUUGAAGUGUUUGGUCCUGUACUUGACUGUAGGAUAAAAAAGCUUGAGUGUGUUGUUUCAAGGAUCCGAACAAUUAAGUUAAGUUCCAAAGCAAGCUAAAGGUAGGAUUUUCCAAGUGUUUUGGUGUUAAGCUUUUGGGAAUCAACUUCUGCAAGGCAAUUAACCAGUGACCAAAGGAAGGAAGGUAAGUGUUAAGUGUGGUGAGGUUCUUCAUGAAUUCUUGUUUAUUUCUGUGGGUUCUCUUAUGACACAAUCAACCAGGCGUGAAAAAACGGGUUCGUUUCAGUUUAUUUUUAAUUGCAUUAGUAUAAAGUUCAUGGGACUUGAAUGGUGGUGGUGAACGCCAAGAUCACAAAUUCACGACUAACAAGAAAUUGAUUAAAAGAAAUUGAUACCAUAUCAUGAAAACUGUAUAAAAAGAAUUACCACAUACUCCAUCUUCUCUUAAAGAAUGUUGCUUCCAAUCUUCCAUGUAUUACGAGUCUGAAAAUUGCUAGAUCUUCUUAUUAUUUCAGAACAGUAAUAGAUCAAUGAUGUUUGAGUUUAAACGUUAAAUGCUGUUUCUGAACCGGAAUCAACAGUAGCAGAAAUCUUCUUCUAAGUACUGAUGUCAUUCUUAAUUCUUAGUUUUCCAGUUUUAUGCAAUUGAAGUGGAGUACUCCGUAAUGGAGGUAUUCAUUACAUAGUCACAAACUUACAUGAAAUCUGAUCUCACCUGCUGUCCGUUACAUUAUUGUUGUAGUAUGUAAGCAACAUCUGCAUCAGUGUAUUUAUGCACUAAAUUAAUGUUUUCAAUAACCUACAAAGACUACAGCCUAUGCAAAACAAAACUUCAAAGUGGUACAAUUGAAUUGCUUGUUCUAACUAGCACAUUUACUACAACUUCCAAUCUUAGCUAGCCUGCCAAAAAUCAAAGUGGUACAAUUAAUUACUCCCAAAUACAAUGCCUUUAUAUUCUAACAGCACUUGUUGGCAGAGACACUAGAGGUAGGGGUGGCAAUGGAUCGAGUGAGACUCAAUCCGCAUCCAUUCAAUUUGGCCAUGUCCUUCCAAUAAUGCACUAGACUGGGAACCUACGUACGAUAGGUCACAUGUUCAGAUUCCUCUGCCCCUAUUUAUUACCACUUAUGCUCCUAAAAGUUCUUUACAUUUGUUUCUAAAGUUCUUUACACUCUACUUUUUUUUGAGUUGUCUUUACACUCUACUUUAUUCCAUUUUUACUCUCAUUUGGCCCACUAUAAUUUACCAAGUUACAAUACUUUAAUAUUAAUUUUCAUCCACUCACCAUCACUUGUUCACCCAAAUCCCUUAAUUAUUGUGCAAAUAGUAAGCUUAAAGAUCAUUUAGGAACGGAGGUUUGUAUUACCAAUGUGGUUCAUUUGCACACAAACAAAAAUAAUCUGGACAUGUCUUUACUCAAAUUUAAAUUAGUCGAAAUCUAUUAGGAUCUAAAGUACUGUAUUGGGGUAUUAUUUAAACAAAAAGACUAUAAUGGUCCAAACUUGUUGAUGAUGCAUUUUUGUUCAUAAAAACACUUUUAUGUAGUUUUG